AUGGAGAAGGACAUGCCAAGCAGACCCCUGAGAGCUCGUGCCCAGUCUCCAGAUGGCAGGUUUUCUUUUCGGUGGAGGCCACCUUAUGGAGCAGGCUUCAGGGGUCCACGCAGCAGAUCGCAGAUCCGUGGGUAUGGAGAGAGCAGCCGAAGGAUGAGCUAUGCUCCGCUGCCGCAAGAACGGCAAAACCAGGAAGCAAGAAAACUUGCCUCUGAAUCAGUUCAUGUGGUUUCUUUGCCAUCACGGAGUACCCAAGGACGCAGUCAACCUGUCUAUAGGUCAUCUUUAACUAAAAGAAAAGUCAUAGAGGAGGAAGAGGUGGAGGUGGUGCAGGACAUAACUGUUCGAGUGAUGUCCUCUCAGUCUGUGCUUGUUGCUUGGACGGACCCACAGUAUGAAAAGCAGAAGGUUGCAGCAAAUCGACAGUACAAUGUUCGUUAUCGGGAAAAGGGAGAAUCAGCAAGGUGGGAUUACAAGCAGGUGUCCAACCGGCGGGCGCUGGUGGAGAACUUGGCACCAGAUACCAUGUAUGAGUUUGCUGUCCAAAUCUUGGAGGGAGAAAAGGAAGGCAAAUGGAGUGUGUCUGUUUUCCAGCGAACCCCAGAGGCGGCUCCUACAAGUGCACCUGAAAAUUUAGAUGUUUGGCCCUUGAAGGGUAAACCAACUUCUGUAGCAGCAUCCUGGGAUGCUCUCCCAGAGAGUGAAGGAAAAGUCAAAGAAUACAUUCUUUCAUACGCCCCUGCUCUCAAGCCUUUUGGAGCAAAGUCCAUCACCUACUCUGGAGCUACAACAUCAGCCAUAAUAGAUGGUCUGCAGGCUGGGGAGCGCUAUAUUUUCAAAAUUCGUGCAGCAAACAGGAGGGGACCCGGUCCUCAGUCUAAAGCCUUCAGUGUCGCCAUCCCAGCAGCUCCUAAAGAGGAUUCAGUUGCUCAGCAACAAACAAAGAUUCAAGACAACUCAGGGGUUAAAAAACCUGUGAAUGCUGGUUCAUCUCCUUCUCAAAGUUCCUCUGUUUCUUCACAAGUGCAGAUGUCACUUUCCUCUAAGCAGUCAUCUGUUCAUUCACCUGGUGUUGGUGAUAAAAAGAGUCUUCUUUCUGAAUAUAAGAAUAAAGUCUUGACUCGAGGAGUUCCAAGUAAAUCUCAGUUACCCUCCAGAAAGACAGGAGAGCUGGAACUUGAUCUCCAGUCAACUGAAGUGACAGAGGAUCAUAAUUCAUCUGAAGAAGCUCCAGUGACACUGCCAAAAGCCCAGGAUCACAGGAAGAAUGUUAGACCCCUGUCUUCUAGUCGGACAAUCCACCCUGUUCUUGCCUCAGGGAGGACCCCUGUUCGAACCCACACAUCAGAGGCAUCACAGCAGACUAGUGCAGAGAAACGUGAGCCAUCAGCGUUGUCACCAUCCUCAGCACAACGCUCUUCUGCCUCAUCUGUUCCUAAGUACUCAGAUAACGAAACAAAACAACUGAGGCAAAGUAACACUAACGUGCCUUCUCCUAAAGCCUCUUCCCAUUCUCCGCUUGCUAAAAAUAAUGAUCUCUCUGGCAGUGUGGAAGAAAAGCCAAAUCCCUUGCUGGUGAAAGUGCCUUCUAAAACUUCAGAGCCCGGACUCUGGGGUUUGCCAUCAAAUCGGCAGUCUGUUGUAACUCAUGAGGUGGACCCAAGCCAUCCAAGCGUAUCUUUGCCUAAAAAGACGUUCUCUUCUCAUCUUCCAUCACAAAAGACCCAGAAGACCUCCCGCUCAGAACCUCUGCAGAAGGUACAAACCAGUCCUUCCUUACUGCAUUCCAGGGGCAGGCGGCUGCCAUCUCCCGUCUCAUCCCAGAGUAAUGAGGAAUUGCAGGAAGAUAAUGACGAGGAUGUAACAGAAGAUGGUGACAGAGCCAGCAGACGCUCUGUGUUUCCUAAGAAAGUGUCCACUUCUAGGGGAUUACCUACAUCUUUCUCUCAGGGAAGCUCAAGUUUGUCUCUAUCAAAGCAACAGCAGCCAGGUUCUCAGGUACCUUCCUACAAAUCAAAGCCAGACUCUAGUUCUGCCAGCAGUAAAGCAAAAGACAAUCAGUAUAAUUCAAAGUUGUCAUCCACUUCUUCAAGACAAACUCGUCCCUCAUUACCUAGUCAGUCAAGGGCUGCUACAAGAAUAGUGUCCCAUACAGAGAAAAAAUAUGACCUGUUACCAUCUAAAAUGUCCCAAACUGAACUUCCUCAAAAAGUUCCUUCCUCCUCCUCUUCUAAAUCUCGUCAGUCAGUUUCUGAUGAAGAGGAUGAUUAUAACAGUGAGUAUGAUCAGAAAGAGAUGGAAGAGAAACCUACAUCUUUGGCAGCAAAGUGGUCCCCUUCUCUUUCUAGAGGUAAUAAAAAUACAUAUGACACUGCUAGCAAUAAGAGGAAAUCUAUGGACACUCUUCUACCUCACAAACUAGGAUCCGAAGAGGAAGAGAAGGAAGAAACUCCAACAUUAAAAAUAUCUUCUCCUGAAUCUCCAGGCAGCUCUGCUGUAGCAUCACGAACUAUUCAUUCCUCUAACAAACAUACCCCAUCUAAACCAAGCUUCAUCUGGCCACGUUAUUCUCAAUCUACCACGACACACACUGUUCCUCCAACUGUUUCCUCUUCCACUUUGUCCCCUCGCCAGCGACUACUGAACUCCAGGCUACGGAGCCCUUCCCAGCGGCAGUUUGUUAGACCUCCUUAUAGGCAAGGUUACAAUGGCCGACCUAACCUUACAACAAAGAAUGGAAAUGGAAAAAUAUUAACUGGUAAUAAUGGAAAACCAAGUGGACAGAGAGUAAUCAAUGGCCCACAAGGAACAAAGUGGAUUGUAGAUCUUGACCGAGGACUAGUGUUAAAUGUUGAAGGAAAAUACCUCCAAGAUUCUCAAGGCAACCCACUUCGAGUGAAAUUAGGAGGGGACGGGCGUACAAUUGUUGAUGAAAAGGGUGCUCCAAUGGUGAGUCCUGAUGGAAUACCUUUGUUUGGACAUGGCAGAUUUAGUAAGCCUGUAGCAAGUGCACAAGAUAAACCAAUAAUAAGCCUUGGAGGGAAACCUCUGAUUGGUCUUGAAAUGAUUAAGAAAACAACCACUCCCUCAACUACAACUACAACAACACUCCCAACAACUACCACCACAACUACUACAACCACCACCACAACUACUACAACUACCACUCCUGAACCAACUACAACUGAACCUCCAACUGAGAAACCACCCCCGACCUGUCCUCCAGGCACCUAUGCACAAUAUGAUGAUGAAGGCAACUUGCUGUUAGGGUUCGAUGGCCUGCCAGAGUGCAAUGCAGAAGUAGAUACAUUCUCAGGACUGGAUUCAGAAGUGACAGCAACUCCAGAGGCAUAUGUGAUAUACGAUGAUGAUUAUGAGUUUUUCGAGAGCACUUUGCUACCGACCACCACUACUGUCGCUACCACUACAACAACAGAAUCAGAAAUUGUCUAUCCAGAGACUAGUGUUGUUGGUACUGGCCCUGUAUCAGAAUAUGACAUUGCUGGGAAGAAACGAUUCACGGCACCUUACGUGACCUAUCUAAAUAAAGAUCCAGCAGCCCCCUGCUCCUUGACAGAGGCCCUGGAGCACUUCCAAGUGGAAAGCCUUGAUGAGAUCAUCCCUAAUGACCUUAAAGAGAAAGACACACAUCCCCUCAAAGCCCCUCACAACAUCACUGUUGUGGCAGUAGAAGGCUGUCACUCCUUUGUCAUCGUGGACUGGGCCAAGCCUCCUCGAGGAGACAUGGUAACAGGCUACCUGGUUUACAGCGCAUCCUACGAUGACUUUUUAAAGAACAAGUGGUCAACUAGGACUGCAGGUACUACUCAUCUGCCAAUUGAGAACCUGAAGCCAAACACACGAUAUUAUUUUAAAGUCCAAGCAAAGAACCCCUUUGGUUAUGGACCUGUUAGCUCUUCAGUCUCAUUUAUCACAGAGUCUGAUAAUCCCCUCCUUAUUGUCAGACCACCUGGUGGUGAGCCUAUCUGGAUCCCAUUCACUUUCAAAUAUGACCCCACCUAUUCAGAUUGUAGUGGCAAGCAGUAUGUGAAGCGAACUUGGUAUCGCAAGUUUGUAGGAGUGGUUCUUUGUAACUCCUUAAGGUACAAGAUUUACCUCAGCGAUGACCUGAAAGAUACCUUCUAUAGCAUUGGGGAUAGCUGGGGAAGGGGUGAAGACCACUGCCAGUUUGUGGAUUCACACCUGGAUGGAAGAACAGGACCUCAGUCGUACAUUGAAGCCCUGCCCACCAUCCGAGGGUAUUACCGCCAGUACCGCCAGGAGCCUGUAUCGUUUGGACGCAUUGGAUAUACAACUCCCUACUACUAUGUGGGCUGGUAUGAGUGCGGUGUGCCCAUCCCAGGGAAAUGGUAGCAGUCUUAGGCAGGACAGGCUGACCACGAUUUUCAAAUGAUUUCUACCAGAGGACUGUGAGCAGCUGAGUCAGAAAAGGAAAAAAAAACAAACAAACAAACA